UGAAGGAAACGGGGAAACAAGAACUUACGCGUUUACGAUGAUGGGCCAUCAAGUGUUUGUCUUGCUUUGACUCGCAGAUGGCAGCGACGACGGACAUACUCCUAUACUCCUCCCUCCGCACUCCUGCCUGUGCUGCUUGGGAAAGAUCCUUAGCAGAUGAUGGGAUGGCGCACGGGGACGGGCCGCGGCGAUGGCUGGUUUUGUUGUUGACGUCAUUGGUGGUCGCGGCGAAGAACUACUGCUUCGACAACCCAGCCUCUCUGGAGCUUCCUUUUCGGGAAAGUCUGAAGCUGACCGAAACGGAAUACAAUCUGCUGUAUACGGUCUACUCCGUGCCCAACGUUUUGGUGCCGUUGAUCGGCGGGCUGGUGAUCGACGGACUAGGGGACACGCUGAGCUUCGUGGGCUUCACUCUGUGCGUGGUGGUGGGCCAGGGGGUGUUCGCGGUCGGGGCGACGUUGAGAAGCUUCCACGUGGCGCUGUUGGGGAGGGGAAUCUUCGGGCUGGGAGGGGAGUGCUUGAACGUGGCGCAAUCGACCAUUUUGGCCAAAUGGUUUGGCGGCGGGAAAGAGAUGGAGAUGGCGAUGGGGAUCGCUCUGACUGCCACGUGUCUCGGCGACGUGCUCACCGACUGGAUAUGCCCCGUCAUCUACGGUCGGGAUUGGUCGCCGAUCUUCCCGCCAAAAGAGCUCUCCUCCCCCCUUUGGCUCGGCUUCCUUGUCAUGCUCCUCUCCUUCUGGAUAAGCCUGAUCUACGUGGCCAUGGCCGUCCAGAGCCAGACCGAUCUCAAGUGCGCGAUCCCGACGCCGCCGGCCGCCGGCGGCCGCGUUCAUCUCCUCGCCGUUGACGUCAACAACCACCACGGCGCCGCCGGGCCGCAUCGGGUUGCCGUUGACGCCAACAACAGAACGAACAAGAAGAACGACAACAAGCCGCCUCCUCCUCCUCCUUUUUUUGCUUCACUACCCUCACCAACUCCUCCUCCUCCUCCUCCUCCUCCUUGUAGUUUCGACGACCACGUGGGAAACACCACGGCGGUCGGGAUCGUACCGCUCCAGGCUGCUGACGUGGCAGGUGCGGAUGCAAUCUCGGAGAAGACGGCAUCGACCAUCGAUCACCUGAUGAUGCCACAUCAUCAUCAGCAGUCUUGGUCCGCUGACGUGGACGUCGAUGAUGAUGGUGAUGAUGAUGAUGUGGAAACGUCGGACGUACUUGUGUCUCUUCUCCACAUCAGCAGUUUCGGUCCGGUCUAUUGGAUGUUGAAUGGUGGCUGUAUUGUCAUAUACGCCGCUGUCGUGGCAUUUCACGGGGUGGCAUCGGGGGUGCUGAUGUGGAAAUGGCCCUCUUUGACCCUCGAGAGUGCCGGCUUGAUGAUCUCCGUACCUUAUUUGGUGUCGGCUCUAAUUAAUCCACUGAUGGGUUGGGGAAUUACCAGGUAUGGUCGAAGGGUGGUCAUCUCCGGCACAGCUUUCUUCUUCCUCUCUCUCUCUCACAUCUCCAUCGCCUAUUUCCCUUUUCCUCCGCUGGUGCCACUUGUCACUAUGGGAGUCGUGUACUCAAUCUAUGCGGCAGCUCUCUGGCCGUCCGUGGCUCUCGUGAUUGACAGCUCAGCAUUAGGUACAGCAUACGGAUUGAUCACCUCCUUGCAAAAUUUGGCUUUGGUAAUCACACCCAUCAUCGUUGGACUAAUUAAGGAUAUCACUCACGAUUACGGGAAGGUUGAACGAUUCUUCGCCUUCGUUAGUAUCCUCGGAUUUUUCAUGUGCGUCAUCCUAAAUUACCUCGAUUCCACGAACCUGGACGGCCUCUUAAACUCUCCCCCACCUCCUCCCCCUCUUCUUCCCCCUCCUCCUCCUGUUGCGAUAGCUGCUGAUUCCUCUACUAAUACCGUUGCUGCUGCUGACUGCAUGGGAGAGACUGGAUUGUGCCGCUGCCACGUGGACGCUGCUGACCCCUUGAGUGAUAUGAGACAACCCCUCUUACCUCCCUCCUCCUGAUCUCCGCUCUCCUGAUACCCCCCUUUAACCUCCUCAUGUUUCUUCUCCUCCAUAUCCUCCUGCUGCCACCGAUGGUGGAGCACUGAUGACGUCUCCGUGCAGCUGGCGUGGUGCCACGUGGCAUCCCAGCU